UCCACCCUCCACCUAACCAUCAUCACCUCCUCCUCCUCAUCAUCAUCCACCAUCUAAGUUCAACCCUCACAACAACACCGCCCUCCUCGAUUCAUAACAACAUUCACAAUGUCGGACGAGCACAAGAAGCUGGCCAUCAACAGUGAUUCUUCAGGUGCUGCUCACAAGGAGGUUGACGAGACCGCCACGGCCAUUUUGAAGAAGAAGAAGAAGCCUAACAGCUUGACCGUUACCGAUUCCAUCAACGAUGACAACAGCAUCAUCGCCCUGUCCAACAACACCAUGGAGACUCUCCAGCUCUUCCGGGGUGACACCGUUCUCGUCAAGGGCAAGAAGAGAAAGGAUACAGUUUUGAUCGUGCUCGCCGAUGACGAGCUCGAUGACGGCAGUGCCAGAAUCAACCGGACUGUUCGCACCAACUUGCGUGUUAGACUUGGUGACGUUAUCACUGUUCAUCCUUGUCCUGAUAUCAAAUACGCCAAACGCAUUGCUGUGCUCCCUAUCGCGGAUACCGUCGAGGGCCUUACCGGUUCUCUCUUCGACGUCUACCUGAAGCCAUACUUCCUAGAGGCCUACCGCCCAGUACGGAUGGGAGACUUGUUCACAGUGCGUGGGGGUAUGCGGCAAGUAGAGUUCAAGGUCGUCGAGCUGGAUCCUCCGGACUACGGCAUUGUGGCACAGGACACCGUCAUCCACUGCGAGGGCGAGCCACUGAACCGCGAGGACGAGGAAGGAAACUUGAACGAGGUCGGAUAUGACGAUAUCGGUGGUUGCAGAAAACAGAUGGCACAGAUUCGGGAGUUGGUUGAGCUUCCUCUGAGGCAUCCUCAGCUUUUCAAGAGCAUCGGUAUCAAACCUCCGAGGGGUAUUCUCUUGUACGGUCCUCCCGGUACCGGUAAGACACUGAUGGCUCGUGCCGUUGCCAACGAGACCGGUGCCUUUUUCUUCCUGAUCAACGGUCCCGAGAUCAUGAGUAAGAUGGCCGGAGAGUCUGAGUCCAACCUGCGAAAGGCUUUCGAGGAGGCAGAGAAGAACUCUCCUGCCAUCAUCUUCAUCGACGAAAUCGAUUCUAUCGCACCCAAGCGUGACAAGACCAACGGAGAGGUCGAGCGAAGAGUUGUUUCCCAGCUUCUUACUCUGAUGGACGGAAUGAAGGCACGCUCCAACAUCGUCGUUAUGGCCGCCACCAACAGACCAAACUCCAUCGAUCCCGCUCUUCGUCGAUUCGGACGUUUCGAUCGUGAGGUCGACAUUGGCAUUCCCGACCCAACUGGACGUCUUGAGAUCCUUCAGAUCCACACCAAGAACAUGAAGUUGGCUGACGGUGUUGAUCUCGAGUCCAUUGCUGCUGAGACCCACGGUUACGUCGGUUCCGAUGUUGCCGCGCUGUGUUCCGAGGCUGCUAUGCAGCAGAUUCGUGAGAAGAUGGAUCUCAUCGAUCUUGAUGAGGACACCAUCGACGCCGAGGUCUUGGAUGCUCUGGGUGUCACCAUGGACAACUUCCGCUUCGCUCUCGGCGCUAGCAACCCAUCCGCUCUUCGCGAGGUUGCCGUUGUCGAGGUUCCCAACGUUCGCUGGGACGAUAUUGGUGGUCUGGAGGGCGUCAAGCGCGAGCUCAUCGAGUCCGUCCAGUACCCCGUCGAGCACCCCGAGAAGUUCCUCAAGUUUGGCAUGUCGCCAUCCCGCGGUGUUCUCUUCUACGGACCCCCCGGAACCGGUAAGACUCUGCUUGCCAAGGCUGUUGCCAACGAGUGUGCGGCCAAUUUCAUCUCCAUCAAGGGUCCCGAGCUGCUAUCCAUGUGGUUCGGAGAGUCUGAGAGCAACAUCCGUGAUAUCUUCGACAAGGCUCGCGCUGCUGCGCCUUGUGUCGUCUUCCUGGAUGAGUUGGAUUCCAUUGCCAAGAGUCGUGGUGGAUCCGUUGGAGAUGCUGGCGGUGCCAGUGAUCGGGUUGUCAACCAGCUUCUGACCGAAUUGGAUGGUAUGGGAGCCAAGAAGAACGUCUUCGUCAUCGGUGCUACCAACAGACCCGAACAGUUGGAUGCUGCCCUUUGCCGACCUGGACGUCUUGACACCUUGGUGUACGUUCCUCUUCCCGACGAGAAUUCCCGCGCGGACAUCCUCAAGGCACAGCUGAGGAACACUCCUGUUGCCGGUGAUGUCGACCUGCACUUCAUUGCGUCCAAGACCCACGGAUUUUCUGGUGCCGAUCUUGGUUUCAUCACCCAGCGCGCUACCAAGAUUGCCAUCAAGCAGGCGAUCGGCGCCGAGAUUGAGGCGCAGAAGGAGCGGGAGCACGCCGGCGAGGGUGGCAUGGAGACAGAAUACGAGGACCCCGUGCCAGAGCUCACCAAGGCUCACUUCGAGGAGGCUAUGGCUUCUGCCAGGCGAUCGGUGUCUGACGUUGAGAUCCGACGCUACGAGGCUUUCUCGCAGAGCAUGAAGCAGGCCGGCGGCAUGACGACGUUCCGCUUCCCCACAGCCGAGGAGGUCGGAGGAGCUCCUGGCUCUGGUGACGGCGGAUUCGGACAGGCAGCUGAGGACGAUGACUUGUACUCAUAGAUUGUUUGUUUGGGGAUUCUUUCGGGGCCGGGACUGGAAUAGGGUAGAACCGGGACUUGGGUAGUUUGCUGAAUGGUUUUACGACUCUGAUAAUGUCUUUUUACCCUUUGAAUGAAUCGAUCGGGGUUUUUCUGUUGGCUUUU